AUGGCUCUCAUGGGUAGAGACAUGGGCACCCGAGGCAGUGCAAUCACACUUGCAGCACUAUACCGAGCCGUCACCCGCCAUUGUUGGUAUGACCACGUAUGCUGUUGUCGGGCCUCUGUUACCACUUGGCUCUGGUACUUCAACGCCUCGGGAAUUCCUAUCGUUGUGGUUUGCGCGAAGAUCGAUCGCAUGGGUAAUGCUGCCGAGGAUGUGGAAGCGAAUGGUGGAGGCUGGGAAGAAAAGACAGAUCGAGCACAGCAGGCACUGAGAACUCCUACGACAUACGCUCUCCUGAAGAGCUAUCUCCUCCACAGACUGUAUACCGUCACCCCUCCACUGAAUCCGCUACCAACCUCCCCAAACACCGUAUCGGCAUCCGCCAUCGUCGGCUCUACCAAAUUCCCCUUCAGCCACCGAACCAACGUGCUUGACGGAAAUGCUGUCAUGGUACCCCGCGGAUGGGAUAGUUGGCGCAAGAUCAAUGUUUGGAGAGAUGGUUUCGACCCCGCACUGGUGGAGAAGAGUUGGAAAGUCAGCUUGAGCAGGUAUAUUGCCCAGUCUGCCGGUCAAGAGCCUGAAGAGGAUGAUGGAGGACCCCUCGAAGAGUUCUGGCAGGCGCUUCUCCCCUCCUUCGCGUCCCCUCCCCCGCAAUCUCCUGCCAACCUUACAACAGCCACCGAGCCCUCCCAAAACUUCCUCUCCCGCCCACUCGACCUCCUCAUGAAAGACCCCAACCGAGACCCCCGCCAAUCUUUCCGCCACGCCCCUUCCGCCACCUCAUCCUCCAACGUUCCCUCUGCUACCGACCCCGGCGCGCGGGUGGAUUCAACAAUGCCGCCGUCGGGCCUACGGGCGGUGCUGCCGAGCGAGAUGGAAGGUAGGAUCGGGGAGGAAGAUGAUGCGAAGGAAGGAGAGUUGAAGGAGAAGUUUGCGAGGUUGGGGAGGAAGGAUGGGAAGGCUGUGCCGGGGACGCCGGCACCUGCUAUGCCUAACGAAGUGUUGCACAACUUUGCAAGUCCCACGCUGACAGACUUGGUAGUUCCAGGACUUGCUGGCAAACAGAGGCAAGACGGGGGUAGUGCUGCUGGGACUCCUACGAAGAGAACCAGUGCUGAAGGGGCGGGGGAGGGCAAGUAG